UGUUUUUAGCAGCAUUGCUUGUAGUCUUGGUACUGUGCUUCCCUAAAAGAACUUAUGCUGAAAUGUAGAUUUCACAGAGGUCAGGGUAAACCUGAAUGAUCUCCAGGGGUAUUCCCAUAUUGUGUCAAACCACCAAUGUGGCAAGACACUGCAUUUUAUUCAGUUACUCAGUGUUUGCUUUUAGGCUGAAAUAAUACUGAAAGCUAUAGGUAAGGUUAAUUGGUCAUGGAAAACAUGGGAAUUUUAAAAUGCAAAAUCUGAAAAAGCUUAGAUUUUUUUUUAAAGCUAUGCUCAGUUCUAAAAUUGGCUUGUGUGUGAAAUCAUAAAAAAAAAGUUAUAAUGAAAAGAUGUAAGGUCCCUUUAUUUGCCAUUUGUAUUGAUAUUACAGUUGUACUAACUGACAAAUUUGCAUCCUUUGAGUAUCAUACUGCAUACAGUAUAACCUUCUUAUUGGGGUUGUGUUAGCUAAAUUUUAGGGAAAUCAACUAGUAGGCAGUGCCAAGUGCCAAGCAGUGCUGCUCCUCAUUAAACAAAGGAGCACAGGGUGCCCAGCUCUCAGUUGGAAGUGCAGUAGCUAAAGUGUUUGGUUCCUCUACUGAAUGAUAUGAUACAGUUCCUAGUUCUAUUAAGUCUAGUAAAAACAUUAAUGCUGCCGGAGCACUUUCUGUGUUAUUCACAAACUGUAUCCAAUUGGGCUGUCUUACUAGGUCUGUGGGACCUUUGACAUGACAUUCAAAUGAAUAUAUGGAAAUUGUUUGCGUGAGUGUGUGGCUUGAAUUAUUAAUCCAGUCUGAGUGCUCUGUUAUUAAGCAGUCCUUUAUUGACUUCUUAAUGUGACUUGGUGCUUGUGUGUGCAUUGCAGGUUUUUGUCAGUAUUAUCAAAGUUGGGAAAGGAGUGAAACACUUGCAGGACCAUGAGUGAGCUGGAGCAGUUGCGGCAGGAGGCAGAGCAGCUGCGCAGUCAGAUCAGAUUUGCUAGGAUUGCAUGCAGCGACUCCAGCCUGUCCCAGAUUACAGCUGGUCUGGAUUCAGUUGGGAGGAUCCAGAUGAGAACGAGGCGGACACUCCGAGGCCAUUUAGCCAAAAUCUAUGCCAUGCACUGGGCUACUGAUUCUAGGUUACUAGUUAGUGCCUCACAAGAUGGCAAACUCAUCAUUUGGGACAGCUACACCACAAACAAGAUUCAUGCCAUUCCUUUAAGGUCAUCAUGGGUGAUGACUUGUGCCUACGCUCCCUCAGGGAAUUAUGUAGCCUGCGGAGGCCUGGACAACAUCUGUUCCAUCUACAGCCUUAAAACCCGUGAAGGCAACGUCAGAGUCACCAGAGAACUUCCUGGACACACAGGUUAUUUGUCGUGUUGUCGCUUUCUGGAUGAUAAUCAGAUAGUCACCAGCUCUGGAGAUACUACAUGUGCUCUGUGGGACAUUGAGACUGGUCAGCAGGCCACCACAUUUACAGGGCACAGUGGAGAUGUGAUGAGCCUGUCUCUCAGUCCUGACUCUAGGACCUUUGUGUCAGGUGCCUGCGAUGCAUCCUCGAAAUUGUGGGACAUCCGAGAUGGAAUGUGCAGACAGUCUUUCACUGGACAUGUUUCUGAUAUAAAUGCUGUCAGUUUCUUCCCAAAUGGUAAUGCGUUCACCACAGGCUCGGACGACGCCACUUGUCGUUUGUUUGACCUUCGCGCAGACCAGGAACUGAUGAUGUAUUCGCAUGACAACAUUAUCUGCGGCAUCACCUCCGUGGCCUUCUCUAAGAGUGGCCGCCUGCUGCUUGCUGGCUAUGAUGACUUCAACUGCAAUGUAUGGGAUACUCUAAAGGGAGAGCGUGCAGGUGUUUUACUUUGUUAUGACAACAGAGUCAGCUGUUUGGGGGUUACCAGUGAUGGCAUGGCUGUGGCUACCGGUUCUUGGGACAGCUUCCUCAGGAUAUGGAACUGACCUCACUGGGUUGUACUUCGGGAGCCACUCUUUCUGAUCAUACAAUCACUGUAGUGCACCGCUGCCACACAGGACCCUUCCCUCUCCAUCUCCUCCUUAUAGAUGACAUGGUUUUCUUCAUCUUCUCUCUUUCUUAGACCGCAUUAUCCCACCAUCCUGCAGUCAGUCAAAGAGGUGAGGACCAACAGUGAAGAGCCUCCACUGGCUCUCUGUCUUUUUGGCUUGACGUCUGACUCGAGGUGGGGGACAGACUGUGUUGUGUACAGUAUAUAUCUGCCAUUCUGUGUGCUUGUAUGUGUAACAUAUGCACUUUUGACAGUGUUUGGAUGUUCUGGUGUGUGGGUACUCAUGAUGGGUAUCUUAACUUUCCCUGUUUUCUUUUCCUUCUUAUUUUCUUUUCUCUUUGUCCCAAAUCACAAUGCUAUUUGCCAGAGACAGUGGCCAGUGUAAUUAACUAAGGGAUUAGGCUGCCACAGUAUUGUAGGCCAUAAGUGUUUGACCCUCAACCUUAAUUUAGUUUUCAUCAGGUAGCAUCAGUGUUGGGUCUGUUGUCAUAAAUGGUACUGGCUCAGCUUGGUUGUGUGUAGUUGUGAGAGAAAUACUGAUGCCACUGAGC